AUGCCCUUUUUCUCUCGAGUCUUUCGGGGCAAAGACUCCAGCGCCAGCAAGAAGGCCGCCAAACAGACCGCCGCUGAAGACACGCCAGCCAAGCCCAAAUGGACCGACGCAUAUCAACGCACCGACGUUGCGGCUGAGGAGGUGCAGGAGCUGCUCCGGGGAUGCACGCAGGAAUUAAAAUCGCGAGGUCUCGACAUCCCAUUCCUUCUGCUUCCCUUCCGGCCGAGUUCCGAUCCCAGCGCGGCGCGAACGUUUAUUCGAAAUUUCUUCAAUGCGGAACAGAGAGGAACCCCGAUUCGGGGCGAGGCGCUCUUGCAAGAGCUACGGUUGACGGAACCAAUGGUUCUGUGCAGUGUCGUGAAAUGGUGCUGGAGUAGACUCCCUGGAGGAGUAGUCACCUGGGAGGCUUAUGAGCUCUUCAAAGUCGGAGAGCAAGAUUCGGACCUCGCCCGCGACGCCUUUAAUACAUUCAUUCCAAUCAGCGUGGAUUCCGACGCUCGUACCAAGAUUAUAUUCGAUUUUUUCGAUCUACUCUCCGCGAUUGCUGCCCAUGGCAAGUCCAAUGGACUGGGCGGACGAAAACUGUCGAGAUAUGCCGGCUGGUGGGCUUUUGAGCACCAUGAAACCGGCAACGGGUUCGAAUCUUCUUACAAGAGUUGGGCUACGGCUGCCGAUGCCACGAGUCAUCUUUUCUUUGCCUAUCUGCGCUCACUCUCUCCAGACUCGGUCCGCGGUGUCAACGGCAUCUCAGCGCUUCCCAUUGCUCUCCAGUCUCUGGUGCAGGCCACUGAAUACCCCCCUCAAACUCCGAGUUUGCUGCAGUUCUCAACGACCAAGGUCGUGAUGAUUGUCGAUACAGUCUCUCCAACACCAUUCGCAUUGUUGCGCCGUGCAAAGAAUUUUGAAUACCGGGAUAGCGACCGCCAUCUCCAGGAAUUCACCGAGUUUGAUGAUCCCACGCAGGCGUUGACGGACGAAUGCCAACGAGUCCUAAAAGCGAUUUCAACGAUCAAUCAAUCAGCGGUGUCCACCACCAAGACCUCGACUAGCCUGCGUGAUGCGUCGUGGUCUCGUUUCGAAGACAUGGGUUUCGGCGCUUCAAUAGACUCAGACCACGAUGAUGAGACUGACGACUUGACGAGAACUGGUCCUACGGAGCUGCGCUCUGCGCCCCAGUCUCGCACCAACGAUUUCGCUCGCCCGACCACGCCAUCCUGGGCCGACUUUUUAUCCUCGGGAUUCGCAGACGACUCCUCCGUAACCCGUGGACCAGCAUCCCUUUUACUGCCCCCUGACAAAGUUUUGCCGCCCAUUGGAACGGUGCGAGGCCAGAGUUCGCAAUCCCACAAACGCACGCUAGACACCGAACCAAACCUGGAACCAGGAGAGUUAGCUAGCAUUACCGUCCUCGAUCUGGAUGACUCGUUCUGGUGGGUCUGGAUAAGCAGUCUGUCAGGCGAGGAACCUUCAUCUCGAAAGGCUGUCUUUGGAAGAUGUGCGUUGCUCGAGACGGUGAUUAGCGGAGCCAAGUGGUUGGUGCUAGAAGAACAGGUUAAGGGAGCCGCCUCAGAGCCUGAAGAAGGAGCCUACAUUGUCGAGAAGAAGCGAUUCUUUAGUUUCUCAACGAAGAAGAAGCUUACCCGCAGCAAGUCCACUGCAAAGGGGCCGCUCGGUAACGCACCGUACAAAAAUAGCAGUAGCAAUAGCACUGCUCGUGCUAGCAAAACAAGCAUUGGUCCAGAUCAGCAUGCACGUAUCCAAGCUGCGGCAGCAGCUUUGCAGCGAAAACAGCGUGAACAGGAGGAAGACCAGCAGCGCGAAGCCAACGGCCGUCGAGCUCGGAACGAGGACUCGUAUUCGACCAAGACUAACUCGAUCAUGACACAAUACACGGGCUUGAUCCCAGAAGCGUCAUCGGCGAUGAAGUGGGCACGACACUAUGAUAACCAUUACGACAAGGACCAGCUGAGAUCUGCCUACCUUAGUGACAGUCGCGCCGGCACCGGUGCACCCGCCGAGUCCUUACUGCCGCCGAAUGGACAGCGAUCGAUGUCGAAUCUUUCCCAAAACACUCCCCAGUCCGAGAAAGCCAGCAACAACGCAACGAAAUCCCUGCCAUUGCCUGUUCCUCCUAAGGAUUCGCCCAAGCCCGCCAACGACGACGCCGCCGCCGGAUUCCCAGAGGCUGCUGCUGCCAGCACACCGGAAGCUGAGACGAAAAGGGAGGCGACAGACGACCAGCAAAAGAAGCUCAAAAAGAAGCCGGUUGCCAAUUCAGCACUCAAGGGCAUCUUCAGCAGCACGAAGCAGCGGGCGGGUGAUGAUUCUACGCCCAAGAAGGAGAUUGGCAUCGACCCGUCGGCUGUUGCAGCGGCACGGGCUGCUCUUGAAAACAAAGUCAUGUCUCAGGAAUCAUUGCCGCCAAAGUCUCAUACCACAGGCCGUUUAACCAAGAAGCCGGUUCCAGAAGUUGCUAUACCUGCUGCCAAGCCUGAGGAGCCAGCUGUCGAAGCCGUGUCGCCAAUUUCAGCGCCAGCAAAGAACGAAGUCAAACCGGCCACGAAGACCUCAGAGCCCGAAACUGCAUCACCGACGUAUAGCGGCCCCCCACGCACUCGCCGCGAAGCUGAGUACGACGCCCUUUCCCGGAUCGACACCAACGAGCAAGCAGCGGCAGACCGAGAGUUCUCGUCCUUUGAUCAAGGGCCAUUGACCGAGCAGCCAGCCUUUGUACCGGAAGAAGAGAGCCCCGUCACGCCCGUUGAGCGCAGCUUCCCCUCCGAAGACAAGGACAAGGAGACGGUAACGACUAUUACUGCUGUUCCAACUCGCGAUUCUGCAACGCCGACCGGCCAAACGCCAAUCAAAACGGGUGGCAGUCCAGAUACGACGGCUACUGCCAGUCCGUCAUUCCAGGAUCGAUGGGCGCAGAUCCGCAAGAAUGCGGCUGAAAAGGCAGAGAGGGCCAGCAGCGAGGAGAUUCACAGCCGGACCAGCCAGGCAGACGAUGGAGACACGAGCGGGGAAGAGACGAUUGAGUCUCGGGUGGCUCGCAUCAAGGCGCGCGUUGCUGAGCUGACUGGCAACAUGGAGGCGUCGCGUUUUAAGGGCCGCCUCCGAGCCCGUGAGCGACGGUCAGUUACGUACGGCCUGACGACUGAGACACCUCAGCCACCGUCCACCAUUGGUCGGCCCGGCCUUUGUACGCGUGGUCCGCGGCCAGGAAAAUGCUACAAAAUCUUCUCCUUCUCUUCUCUUCUGUAUCCUCCUCGAAUUCUUUUGGCCUGGAACCACGCUCCAGAGAGCCUGACUGCUAUACACUCAGCGGACUGGAUAAGACCUAUCUCAUCUACCUCUGGGACCUCUUCAGGAGUCUCAUAUCAUAUCGAUAUCCCUCUUGGCACACGCUCAGUCAUCUCGACUGCUGCUAAUUUCGCUCCACUGGGUCCGCACUUACUACUACUCAUAAUCUCCCCAAAGGCGAUCAUCGAGCCUAGUUGGAAGGCAAUAAUAAUAAUAAUGGACCCUCCCACGUCUCCCUCUUCCUCCUCGCGCCCGCACCGCCGCGGCAUCAGCUUCAGCGGCAAAUCCGACAAGUCUCGCCGAUCCAGCAAUUCGGGCCCCAAGGUUUCGCUGACCGAGACCGCCGAGGAGAAAUAUCGUCGCUCGCUGCAUACCAAGGCUGAUCCGACGCUCGCGAUGAGUGAAGCCCAGCCAGCCGUCGUGGCCCUGGAAAAGUCGAAUUUGGGAUCGCUGCGUUCGAUCCAGCAUAAGGAUCAGUAUGGGAAUAUUAUCACGGACCCUGACCUGUCCAACCCGACCCGUCCGCGAUUCGAGAGGCCUCUGGACACCAUCCGAUCGUUUGAAGCUGCAAUUGAUGGGAGCUACCAUAGUCGUCGCUUGUCAUACGUGACGGAGGCAUCUCCGAGCCGACCUGGCAGUUACUACGGCGGCAACGAAGCAAACGGCUACUCUCAAAACAACAAUAACAACCAAUAUGGCGGAUCACGCUCUAACCGUCCGCGCCACGGAAACAGUCGCAUAAACUCGGAGUAUGCCAACUACGGACCAGGACAAGGACAAGGGCAAACCUUCUACCCAAACUCCACCUACCAACAAUCCAGUGACAAUUUCACCGCAAACUCCGGAUCCGCAAACACGGAUCAAUGGGGCAAUGCGACAGAUCCCAGCUCGGUCAGUAGCUCGUUUGAUCGAUUGCAGCAGCAGCAGCAACAACAACAAAAAUACGGACAGGACUACUCCUACAAUAACAAUUAUAAUGGAGGCGGUCCGCCGCCACCUCCUCCGCAUCAACGACAAUCGUUCAACCAGAGCGGCGGCGGGCCUGGGGGUAUUAACCCUGCGCUCCCGGCGCCUGUCAAACGGACUAUGGAUGACGAUAAGAAAAAGCGCGGUAGCUGGCUCAAGCGGAGGUUUACCAAGGAUAGGGACUGA